AUGACAGCCCUAUCGCUUUCCCUGUUUCUCCCCGACUCGCACGCUGGAGAGUUCAGGCCCACCGACACGUGCAAUGCGGAGGAGCUCGAGGAGGCCGCACUUAACGCCCGGCACUGCCGCGCUUUUUUGCUCUCCCUCGAGUUUCACCUCCUGCGGCGGUGGCGGCGCUACAGCCAUCAGAUCGGCAGCAGUGCCCCCACGCGGCAGCACGUCCGUGCGGAUUUGGUGCAGCAGUACUUCCCCGGGCUCCCCGUGGAGGCUAAGCGGCACGCUUCUCCUAAUGAGUCAAAUAAGCCAACUUUUGUGGGGAGUGGAGCGUCGGGCCAGCUGCGUGAUUUUAUUUACCGACUUCUCUGUCACUCUCGCUGCAGCAUCGAGUGCUACCCGCUGGCGCUCGCUCUCAGUGAUGUGUUUUUCAUCACCCUCCGGGAAAAAAGGUUGCUGGCGAUGGAGUACGAGGCGGCCGUAAAUCACCUGCCGUGCGUCUUCGCGGUGCUGCUGCUCCUCGUCGCGAAAUGCCGUGAGGACCGUAUUCGCAGCAACCGCUACUUCAGCCAGCUUGUUGAGCUUCCCUUGGGUGAGUGGAAUGCCCUGGAGCGGCUUGUUUUCCGCGUGCUGCAGUACGAUGUGCGCGUGCCGGUCAGCGAGUAUAUAGCCUAUGAAAAGGUCCUUCUCGAGGAUAUGGCUCAGCGGGAGGAUGAAAUCAAUGCGUCGUACCUGUGCCGCCAUCCUUGUCCUAUGGGCUACGGCACUUCGUGGGUUUAUCGCAAAGACGCAGUGAUAGGGGUGGAGGACUCCUCGGACUACACAGAAGGAGCAACGCAAGAGAACAGCAGCUUCAAUUCUUGUGGCGCUACCGCCACCCCCCCAUUUCUGUACGCACCCACUCCUACUGAGGAUUCACCAACGGUGGCAACAGCAACAGCAACGGCAACAGCAGUGUCAGCGGCUGUGCGGGUUUCCGCGGCUGGUGCCGUUUGCUCACGCGACCGCUCUUCCUGCGUAGGCCUUGUGCGGGUGUGCGGAGGAGCCAAGAAGGGGCACGGGAUUUGGUGA